UGUCGCUAGCUUCACGCGGCGGCUGCCGCGCUGUUGCGGAUAAGAAUUCGUGGAGACGUCGUACCUAUCCGUCCGUCGAUUAUACCAAGAGCUCGCGAACUGCCGUGCCGUGCUAAAAAAACCAUACCACACGGAUGGAGGCCCCAGGCGUGCGCCUCCGCGGCUUAGCCCUGGUAGUAGAAAAGGACGCCGGCCCGCGCUUAGCGCUGCGCUACGACCCCUGCCCCGACUGCGACGAGGGGCGCCUCUUCCGCGACCUCAGCCCUACGGACCUGGCCAAGCUCUUCUCGCAGCCGCGCGCGAAGACGGACCAGCUCGUCGAGGUGCAGCUCGACGGUUUAUUAGUAGUGAGCUGCCCGGCCGAGGUCGGAGACGUGGCGGAGAAUGAAGAUGAAGUCGUCUGGGGCGAGGUCGACGUGGCUGCCGACGCCGCGGCACCGCCGCCGCCGCGCCUCAAGCGCUUCGACGUGCUCUGGGCGGCGACGGCCGCGCGCGCGGGCGACCUUAAUAACGCCUGGACGCUCGAGUCGUUGGAAAGAGCGGCGAAGGACGUGCGCGCGGCGCUGCGGCAUGAAGAAAGACGCUGCGGCUACGUUUCCAGAGAGAGCGCGGCGAUGCUCGCCGCGGACGAUUGUUCGAUCGAGGCGCUGAAAAAGGCGUCUUCAUUAGCACGGGAGCUUUCACAAGUACUGGACGGGGCGAUGGCGCACGGCGCCGCGGCGGCCAAAUUUAAUGGAUGGGUCGCCGUGCGCAGCCGCCUCGCGCCGAUGGUAACGGGGGGAGACGACGAGAAUGCUGAUGAAGACGACGACGAGGAGGAAGAAGCGCCGGGUGACGACGAACAUGCGGGCGAGAGCGACGAUGAUGAUGUUGAGGAUACGGCGUCGGAGAACGACGAAGACGACGUCGAUCCAAGAUUAGCGGCGGCGCGGCGCGCUCGUAGAAGGCGGACCCGGCGGAGAUAUAGGCCCUACGAAACUUUAUUACUCCUCGAGGACGCCGCAUCCACGCUACGCGACUUACCGAGAGACGCGGCGCCUCAAUUAAGAGCGCUGGUCGCGCACGCGGACCCCUUCGCCACCUUCCACGCCAUCGCGGCGAGGGCGGGUUUACCAUUGCCGCGCGUUUAUAGAUUGGCGCGCCACCUGUGCGAGUGGAAGCGCGCGCGCGUCAUCGCGGUCGUGCGGCCCGACGCCGUCUACGCUGUUGAUGAGGUGCCCUCAUCAAUCCCGGUGGACGCGCGCGACGCGGUGCGCGCGUCGGACGCCAUGAUUCUCGCCGCCUUCGGCCCGUGCAAGCGCCUGGGCGAUGCAUUGGAUGUGCUGGAAACUACCAGAGGGCGCGACGCCGCGACGGAGCGCGUGCUUGCGUUAUUACGGCGGGGCGCGCUGCGCGAGCUCCACACGUACGUCUUGCGCGUCGACGCGGCGCCGCCUCCCGGUUUGGGAGCGGUCGCGACGGCGGCGCGCGGCAAGCCGGCGCGGGGCGAGCGGUCGGACCACCUUCGUUUAUUGCACGUGUUCCGGGCGCUGUCGCCCUGCUUCGACGGGCAGCACUCGCUGCUCGAGAUGAUGUGGCGCCAGGACCUGUCCCAGGCGGAAGUGGAUGCGGCGCUGCGGGCGUUCUCGGAUUUGGUGGUGACGGUGCAGCGGUAGUAUGUGUGCCGCUGUAUAAGUCUGUUGUGUAAAAACGAGUUUUCGCG